AGCUCGCCCUUUGUUGCCCGACGUGAUCGUCCAUUUUACCAAGUGGGAAUCAUACAGGGUGCAGUACUUCAGGUUAAGUGCCAAUAACUGACUAGUUUUCUGUUGUCUGCGGCAGCGUUUCUAGAUAAUCGUGGUAGUCAACUCACGUUUCCUCGUUUUCAAAAGAAUUUAGCUAUAACGGUUUUCUAAUCUGCCAGACAUGUCUCGGGACCGAUUCAGAAAUCGCGGAGGAUUCCAGCAACGAGGCCGAGGUGGCGGUGGAGCAGGAAUGCGAGGUGGAAUGGGAAAUCCAAAUUUUCGAAGUCAAAACAGUCAACUGCAUAACUUUCAAAACCGUGGACCCCAGAUGAGUACUGCUUUUAAGCCCACUCAGGUAAAUCAACCAAACCAAGGCACACCGCAGAAGCUAGAAGGAGCUAACGUUACUGCAAAGCCCGAAGUUAAGUCGCCACCACAGCAAGGCCCUGGCCUUCCACAGAACAAGGGCCCUGUACAACAGCAACAGCAGCAGCAGCAACAACCGCAGCAGCAGCAGCAACAACCGCAGCAGCAGCAACAACCGCAGCAGCAGCAACAACCGCAGCACUCGGGUCCGCCGAAGAUGCAGUCGCCGCCACCAAAAAAUGUUAAUGUAAAGCAGGAAUCUACAACCCCACAGAAUCAACCCAGAAAAAAUCAACAAAAACCAGGAAUUGGAAACGGCCAAAAACCAACCUCUUCAACAAUCAGUGAAGCCAAAUUACCACAGGUCGAACGCGUGGCCAUGUUACAGCCCCAGGAAUUGAAGGCUACGUUGUCCUUGCUGCGCAAGCCUGGUGAGAAAACGUACACUCAACGAUGCAGGUUGUUUAUUGGCAAUCUGCCCAAUGAUAUCACUGAAGACGAAUUCAGAAAGUUGUUUGCAAAGUAUGGGGAGCCUAGCGAGAUAUUCAUCAAUCAAGGCAAGGGCUUUGGUUUCAUCAGACUGGAGUCACGGGCUUUAGCAGAGAUAGCAAAAGCUGAACUGGAUGAUGUACCCAUGAAAGGCAGGCCACUUCGAGUUCGCUUUGCUACCCACUCUGCUGCACUGUCUGUGCGCAACCUGUCCCCCUUUGUCUCUAAUGAGCUUCUCGAGGAGGCGUUCUCUCAGUUUGGACUGGUCGAGAGGGCAGUGGUCAUUGUAGAUGACCGUGGCCGCUCGACUGGAAAAGGCAUUGUUGAGUUUGCUACCAAACCUGCAGCACGAAAGGCGCUUGAUCGCUGUAAUGAUGGCGUGUUCCUGCUCACAUCAUCACCACGUCCAAUUGUUGUGGAGCUGCUGGAGCAGUAUGAUGAUGAAGAUGGUCUGCCAGAGAAACUUGCUCAGAAGAACCCAAAUUAUCAAAAAGAGAGGGAGCAGCCUCCACGUUUUGCUCGACCUGGCACCUUUGAGUUUGAAUACUCUCAGCGAUGGAAGUCCCUUGAUGAAAUGGAAAAACAGCAGAGGCAGCAAGUGGAGAAGAACAUCCGUGAGGCCCGUGAGAAGCUAGAGGCAGAGAUGGAGGAUGCCUAUCACGAGCAUCAAGCUAAUAUGCUUCGACAGGAUCUUCUUAGGCGGCAAGAAGAACUGCGUCGCAUGGAAGAGAUGCAUAAUCAAGAAAUGCAAAAACGCAAAGAGAUGCAGCUUAGGCAAGAAGAGGAACGCCGUAGACGGGAGGAGGAAAUGAUGCGGCAGAGAGAAAUGGAGGAGCAGAUGAGGCGCAAACGUGAGGAGUCCUAUAGGAUGGCUGGCUUCAUGGACAAUAGGGACAGAGAGAUGAGGAUGAAUCCUGGUGGAGGCCUUGGAUUGGCAGAUAUGCCUUUUGGCUCACCAAACCAAAAGUUUCAGUUGGCUGGAAUGAACUUUGAUGGUCAUCAGGGAAUGGCUGGACCAGCACCAGGGGGCAUGGUGCCCAACGAAAUGCGCAAUGAGCGUUUCCCUCAAGGUGGCCCUGGAGGUCCAAGGGGCAUGGGUCCUGGCAGUUCAGGAUUUGGCAGGGUCCGUGAGGAGUUCGAAGGACCUGCCAAAAAGCCACGCUUCUGAUCUGGCACUUUUAUAUAGCAGAGUUUGUGUCGAUUCCCAGGGGUUCUGGGGUCUCAAUGUAUUUAAGUUUAAAAUAUUUCUUUGCAGUUUAGCCUAAAGACCGAUCUUUUCUGUGGCAACAUUUUUUUUUCUCGUAAUUUUGUGUAUUGAAAGUAGAUUGAAGUAGUGAGCAUCUUAGCAGGAGUGAACUCUUGUUCAGCAUAUCCCAUGUAAUCUCCAUUCCUACUUAUCAUGCAAUGUUACUUGUUAUGGUUAAUCUUGUAAGUUGUUCUGAUAUUUCUAUGGCUGUGUUCUGUGCCACUCAACAUUUUGAAGUAAUCCAUGUAAAUUUACAAUAAAGACUACAAUUGGUUCUUCGAACUCCAUAUAAGUAUUUUUGGCACAGUGUUUGACUCAAUCCUAAAAAUUAUCCAGGUUCAUUUGAGGAAGCCUUGCUUCCAAGUCUUAAGGGUGCAUGGGGUGUAGAGAGAAAUUAAUCCACAUUUAAUUUGAUCUGGCAUGAAUGUUUUAGAGAGGACAUGUUAUUGAGACAUUUUUUUGGAGUAACUCCUUUUGAUGGAAUCCAUUUUCUUUGUUUUUUUUUUGUUUUUUUUUUAAUGUUGCAUUGGCAUUUUACAAAAUUGCCUUUGCUAUGUUGACAUUAGUUCACCAGCAUGGCAUUCAUGUCACUUAGACACUCCUGUAUAUGGCUUCAAGAUAAUUUAAGGGAAGAUAUUAGGUUGAUUUUUUUUUUUUUUAAAUUUGUUUAUUUAUUUAUUUAUUUAUAGAUUUAUUUAUUUAUUUUACAUUUUUUAACUACACAAUUGAAAAUGGAUUCCAAAUUGCAGUAGGUAAGUUUGAAGGAAGUUAAAGGUAUCAGUGAUUCUAAUUCCCUUUUUCUUAUCCCUCCCUAACUUUUUAUAACUAAGUAUGGGAAAUAUGUGUCGUGUAACACACCGACUGUCUUGUUCAAUUGGCUUUAACUAACAUGAAGAGAAAUUUUCUAGACACAAAGUUUAAAAAUAUGUAUGGAUUACAUAUGGGUGGUUUAAUUCAGAAUGUUAUAAUAAUGAUGGCACAGUAUGAUCCAUGUGAAGUGGAAUACCUGGGGGGCAGUUGUCCAUCCAAAGUUAACUAACAGGAAUUUGAAGUACUUUAAGAUUUUUUUCAUUUUUUGGCACCAGGACGGUGGAGAUUGGAUCAGUACCAUCAACUCCAUUGUAAAAUUGUGCUACCUUCAGACUUUCCAGAGGUCAGAACUACUGGAAUCAGGGCUAGCUUUAACAUUUAAUGUGGCAACCAGUAUAACAUUGGUCCUAUGACAGAAGGCUUGCAUUAGAGGUCUGUUUCACUUGAAUAGCUUGAGCUAAAUAAUUCCUGAAGAAAAUAUAGCAUUGCUAUUGUGUGUUGUGUUGGUCUUUUGUAUAUCUUUUCCUUUAACAGGUCACGCUUCUCAAGUUGCUUGGACAUCGGAACUUUGUGUUGGAUUUUACCUAAACACCCUUGAUCAACAAUGUUGUGCCUUGAUUAGCAGUAGUGAUAAAAUUCCAGAAAGGUGUUCUCCAUAAGUGGCUUGCUUCCAGAACUAUCAUAAAGUUUGCAUACACUUUUGGGAGAAUCUCAGUACUGAGGAAAGCAGGUUUUUACAAAGCUUGAAAGUAAACUGUCAACAGAUUACUUGCAUUUCUAAAGUAUGCUUCUAAAUUUAGAAUAUUGACACAUGGAUAUAACAAGCUGUCUGUUAUUUUUCAUUCUAGGCAGCAGUGCAAACUAUUAUGUGCCAUUAGUUAAAUAUGUAAAGUUUGUCAUAGUAGUGGAACAUUAAUACUAAAAAUGCUCCUUAACCAAAUUGAGGAGCACAUCUAGCAUUCUAACCACAAGCUAGUUAUUAUACUAACAUUUUUGGUUGCGAACAUUCAGCAAAUACUUUUAGGGUUCCUUCAGAGAUUAAUUUAAUUCCGUGGUUUUGGAAAAUAAUUGACCACUAUACCUUAUUUGUUCUUUGCUAGAUUUAUUUAUUUUAAAUAUAGCUUGAUUAUUUGUUGGCAGUUUUUGCAGGGCUAGGUGUAUUAUGCAGGAUUUGCUCCCUUUGACCUGCAGUAAAAUAUUAAUUUGCUUUAUAAUUUUUCUUCACUAGUGUCAUUUUGACAGUAGAGCUUAUUAUAUGAAGAGCUUAUUACUGUCAUUAAUUUAGAGCUGGUAUUCUAAAUGCAGACAUUAUAAAAUAUCUUAAAUUAACACAAAAUUAGAUUUAAGAAUAAUCUUAUUUUGAUGGGUGAUUUCCCUGAAUUACCUCUGUGCAAUGUCACAAUAUUUUAAACCUAUAUUCAAUUCUAUUGGUUAUUCAGUAAUUCAUUUUGAAGCCAAUUUCUGAUGUUCAGAAGGUGAUGCCAACAUGCUGGCAUUAAUUUGCACUAGAGGAGGGGGGAAAGUGAGACAAUUCCAAGACUGUAUGAAAACAAAAUAACAUUAAAGAAAUUUUGAUUAUACAAACUGUUUUUGAAUUGGUGGUGGAGCAUUGAGAAUUUUGCCUGUAACAAGCUGAUGAUUUAUAAUUGGAACAUGUGUCUACUACUACCGAGUAGGUGGAUAACAUGUCGAAGAGAAAACGUUGAAGUAUCUUGGAGAAAUUUUUCCACUUGUUGACCCAAUUGGGGAUGAUGUAAUAUUGUGGAAGGUACAACAAAGCUAAUGUUACUACUUUUGUGAAGGUUUUGUGCAUGUUUUCUCUAACAUGCCUAACCUCUAAUGCAAUGAUUCACAAUGAAAAAGAUAAUUAACCAAUUCCUGCAGGGGAGACAAAUCCUGUAGUGUAAUGUUAGCUAGCAUUGGUAAUUCAACCCUUGUUGUCUGUACUCAGUUUAACAAAAUUUACACACAACUUCUUUUUUGAUGUCUGAUUAGUUUAUGAAGGAGUUAAAGGAUAUCAUGUCUAAGAUUUGGCUAAGUAUAUUGCCUCAAACGUUGGUUCGCAAACAAUGCGAUUUAGGAGCACCCACCAGCUUGGUUCUUGCAAUCAACAUAGAUUUAAUAAAUGUUAAAAACUGCCUCUUUUUCAGCUGUUGGAAUGGAUACAUUAGACAACUCAUGCUUACUGUUUUGAUUCAACAUCUGAUUCUCAGUAACUGCGUUUAUGGUGCAACACAGUCGUUCAUGCUGAAGCAGAAAUUCGAAUAUGGUAGUGCCCUUCUUCAGUACAAAAUGUCAGUAACAUAUGUCUGAAACCCAUGAGCACCAUCUAUUUUUUUCUCCCUUUGAUUCAACUUGAAACAGUUGGCGCUGACCAUUGACUAUUCCUGAACAAUAGACUGACUGAUUUUGUUUUUUGCCCGGCUGACCACAAUUGCAACAAUGGUUGACACAUUGGAGGAAGCCUGUUUUGAAACCAUGCCCGUCCUUACAACGAUACUCCAAUAGGUUACAAUAAUUUACAGUGGACCUUUUUGGACAAAUUUACCAUAGACUUUUUUUUGUCUUUUGGCAAUGCCAUGAAUAACAGCUGCACUGCAGAAAACUGACCUCUGUACCUGCAGAACAUUUUAGUAAACUGCUGCAAAGUGCAACUGUAAAUCUUUACAUGCUGCAUCAACAUUUAUUUGUGGGGUGUAUGAAAAUCUUCAUUAUACUGUCAGUAUUGUGAACAUGAAUGCAAAAGCUACAUCAGCUGUAAAGAAAAGCGAAGCACAUUGUGAAAGAAAGGAGGAAAAUACUUAGCCUUUGCAGGAUAGUUUGACUUUUAAAUAAGCAGUUAAUGAUCAAGAUUUACAUGCCGUAGGCCUUUAAAAAUGGAUGCAGCUCCUUGAGCACUGUUGCAGAUCUAAUUUCUGCACACACAGAUCUAUACUCAGAAACAACAAACAGCUGACAGACCUUUUGUAUAUACCAUUAAACUUGCCCGUAAUUUUAUCAGAAUAGACAAAACAUUCUCGUGACUUAAGACUUGCGUAUUUGUAGUCACCAUCAGAAAGAGCAGUCAACAGAAUAAUAAUAAUAAUAAUGUAAUCAAUCAAUAAUUUAAAAAUUAUAAUUUGUAUGCAACCAGUAUGAUGAAUGUAAUCCCCAGCAAUGUAGGACAGAAUAAAAAUUAUUUGACAAGUUGGCAACAGUUCCUGUAAAUUCAUAUAUCCAUCGAAUUACACCAUCAUGUACAUGGUGUAAUUUGAUCAAUAUGAUUUUUCUUCCCUUUUCUUUUUUUUUUUAUCCCUAACAGCUCAGCUUGAUGGUUCUCAUUCAUUAUUUCACUCUGCUUUUUUUAAUAUUAGAAAUACCGCAACCAUUUGUGUUUUUGCCAGAUACAUAGUGCUAUUAAUUGAACAUUAUGAGCUUUCUGUUAUCAAGGCUCUAUGUGAAGUAAAAUUUUCUUUAAAUGAUGCUGGGCAUUAUUAAAUGUAAGCUCUAAUUACUGACAUCAAUAUUUAAACUGCAAUUCUGACACAUGUUUUGCAUAAUCUACUUCACAAGCAAAUAAAUAAAAGGUGUAAUUUAUGCCACUGUUUCACCUAGUAAAACCCAGAUCAGGGUUGGACCCAGAUCAGGUGACCCUGUGUAGUUUAUAGUUUAAAUACAAGGCUUAAGUGACACACAUUAUGUCCUGUCACUGUAAAAAUUUGAGAUUUAUUGGUUCAGUAGUUGGUGAAAUGUGUGUAUUCUGGAGGGAAGCGUACAACGACAGUCGCAGCAGCGUUCAAGUCACCAAUGGUACUGUUGACAAUGGACAGUUGUAAACGAUGAUCAAAUGUAAGUACUUUUGCUUUUCCAGAAGUUUAUUCAAGCUAACAAUUUUACAUUUCAGACUAUGCAUGUUGGAAUUAUUUUUUUGUUUGUUUUUGUUUGUUUGUUUGUUUUUGCUUCAAUAUUGUUAGCAGCUAUGGUUCUGACAUGAGAAACAUGAAAGAACUUCACCACUGACCACAGAGCUUGCACCAUAUAUUUUUAAAUAAUAGGCUCUUUCACAGAAUUCAUGGUGUUCAUUUAAUUCAUUUGAAUUCACAUCUAUUACUUCAGGAUUACCUUCACAGUCUUAAUAAAGACUGCUGUGAUGUUUUCAUAUUUGGCCAUCAACUGUGGGAUUUUUGUUAAUUUGUUUAUUUGUUUUUGUGGGGAUUUUUGUUUUAUUUUUCUACUUUAUUAGUUUAUCUACCUGGUCAUAUUAUAUAGGAUUCAUCAGCAUUCAUCAGUUAAAGGACAUAGAUUAUCCAUAAACAUAAUCUUUUACCUUCAAAAUACAAUGGGCCUCAUGCAAGAACCAUUGGUAUGAACAUUAAAACAAAUUUUUGGAUUGCACGUUCAAGUCAUCUUAGCCAGUUUUCUCUUACUUAGAAUAUUUUCUUAGACACAAACAAAUUAAUGCUGUAAACUGCGUGGACUAUAUCCUGAAAUUUGAGUUUGAGUAAUUAAAACCUGAUGUUUUCCCUUGGCAGUCUAAACCAGGAACAUUCAUCUGCUAAGACUUUGUGGGCUAUUAUGAGACACAUGGUUUUGUAUUAAAAUGCAUUUUAUUUAAUAGUUCUUUAUAUUGACAUUGAGAAUCUCUGUCCAUCUUCCCUACCCAUGCCUAUGAUGUAUGACACUCUUGUUAGGCUUUCCUUUGGUCCCUUCUUGUUUGUCAUGUACCACCUUGCUUUGUCAUGGUGUUUAAAUUAAAAUUAAUCAUCUUUAUAUCUCUAAUCGCAUGGACCUUAAGUGACCGCAUAAGCAAUACAAGUUGUUGGUUCUCGUUCUUUGGAAUCAGCAGCUCUUAAUUCUGCUAUUAAUAUUUACUGAGCAGUAUGAAUUACUGAUCUCUAAAGGCAAGAAUAUUAGCUUUUUACCCUCAUACAGCAUUUUAUGAAUGACUCCUCUGAACAAAUGGGGCAGAACACUUAAGAUGUUUUUCAGCUGUCAAAAAAAAGGCCAAAGUGAUUCAUAAUUUUUAUCAAUGUGCACCUUUCUAUGAGCAGAUCAUAUACAGAAAUUACCAGUGUUUGCUGAAUCGGACAUGAAAUGUCUGACACCAUGCAAACAAAAAAAAGAAUUUUAGUAGUCCGUGUACAAAAAUGUUCUUGCAUAAGGUCCAAUGACUUUUGCUCAACCCUAUAUAUAGGCUCAUGUCACCAAGGUUGAAAUGUCAGGGAAAGAACUAUAACUAGUAUUGCCGCAUUGAACGAUCCAGUUAUAUCCAAUUGGAUAAACUCAAGUUCCGCCAUUUAUCAUGUCCCACCUGAAUAUCCUGUCUCUCCUUGAAAAUAUCGUGUCACGGUAAGAAAAAUACAUUUCAUCAUUUCUGUUUUAUGUUGUCUUGAAGACAGCUCCCUAUUGCUUUCAGCAAGACACAACCUGUAAUGAGCAAACUGCAAAAUGCUAGUUUUCUUUGAGACACACAGACUUACAGCUACAGUUGUAUACCGUGGCCUGGAAUACAAUGUGUAAGAUGGUAUUGGUGUGUACAGUUUACUGAAAGCCAUCUUCCAUGAUAGAUCAGUUCUGAUGAUGGUAACCCUAGUCUACAUUCUGGGUAUGCGUGUAUGUGUCCAGUACUAAAUAUUGUUUGCUGAUAAUAACUGGGCAUGCCAUAUUUUCUGGGAUCAAUUCCAAACCUAUUUAUUGGAAGAAAAGGUGAAAAUUAUUAUUUUUAUUUACUUAAUGUGUAGAGUGUACAAGUUUAUAAUGUAAAGAGUUUAACUGUAUAAAGAUUUGAUUCAAAUCACAAUUGUCAUUCCUAGUUAACUGCAAGCAGUCAGGCCAGGCUGUUAACUUCAUUUCCAUUGAGUUUUCCUAUCAUUCUGGCUAGAUAUUUAUUAUUUUUAAUUUAUUUAGUUCAGUUACACAUACAAUAUCACAAAGCAGCUUUUCAGAAAUUUGUGUACUGAGCACAGUGUGAGAAUGGAAAUAUAAGUAAGCAUGCCAGGAGUGACUGUGGCAACAAAAACCACCAAGAUGGCCUGAGGACUAAAGCUUGAGAGGAGUCAGUCUCAAAAGGUGAACACUCACUAGGUGGCACCAGCUUAAGGAAUUUUGAUAUGAAACGUGUAUUGGUAUGGAAAAUAUAGAACUAAUCUGAGGAACUCUCAAAAAGCAAUGGAUACAUCAAUAUCAAUCAAAAGGGGGCUUCCACUAAUCAGCAUACGGUCCUACAAAAGUCCCCUUUCGCUUGUCAACCAGGGGUGUGCUGCAGCAUAAUAACCUGGUAGAUAUUAAUUAACUUGAGUGGCUUUGGCACACAUGCUGUUUUAGCAAAAUGUUAAGGGCUAGUCUAUUAUAGUUGUAGCAUAGGUUCUUGAAAGCUUACUGGGAAAAACAGCAGAGUAAUAAAAGUAUUCUCUGCUGCGUUUGGUUUUACAGAACAUUAUUUUGCAUUAUAUACAUAUUUCUAGUUAAGGUAUCUUGAAUUUCUGAACAUGUUAAAAUGUUCACCUUGCUGCAUUUUAGUUUGUUGAGCUCUCAGUUCCAGCUACAAAGCCUAACCAAACAGUAGCUGUGAUUCCUAAUUUGGAAUUUAACACCAUUUAGCAAUGAGAUAUCUGCAUUCAUAGUUUGCCUCUUGAUGAUCUUAUCAGACAUGUUUGAUUGUGACACUUUAUACACCCUGGAAUGCAUAAAGUGCAUCAGUUGAGGUUUGCUUAAUUGGUGAGCCCCACUUUUCCAUCGCUUCAAAUUGCUCAUUCAAGUUAAACUUGAAUGUGUGUUCAUGUUAAUGCUACUAUCUGAGAAACUUAAUAUAUUUCAAAGCUGCAAAACACCUUAUGUAAUUUAUUCGUUACUGUAUUUAUGCAUGACAUGCCUUUAGUGCUUACAUCACAGUUCCCACUACAUUCUUUCCAGAAAAAUUCAAUGUUAUAUAUAUUCCCUUAAUGACACCCUAAGACCAUAGUUUAUUAAACAGAUAAAUUGGCUGUUUGGAAUAUUUGUUUGGGUUUCUUUAAGCUUUGCAAUCGGUCCCCAUCCAUCAUCUUUUGUAAACUUUUCGUGGACACAAAAUUAUUAAAUAAAUCCUUAUCUAUUGAAAUAAGUGUGUAGGUUGUUGAAACGGCCAAUCAUUAACAUGGAACAAAAGCCACACGCUUGGAUUCCUUAUUAUAAAUUUUCUAUAAACGUGCUAAAACAAAUUGGCUAAUGGCUUGGUGACCCAAAGGUUCUAGAGAUAAACCCAACUUAACUCACUGACAUUUUUAUUGAAGCUUACCUAGCCAAUUAGCAUCCAUAUAAUCACAACAAUUUUAUCUGAAAUACCUUUCAUAUUAUUUAAAAUUAUGAGCAUACAGAAUGCAUUAUGCAUUCUUGUAUGAAAACCAUGCUGUUAAAACCACCAUUAGGUGGCAAUGAACAUGAGGGAUCAUUUCAUACAUCUGUACAGCUGAUUUCCAAGACUGUUUAAACUUGACUGCAAGCUUGACGACAAACUCGUCCAAGAGAAUCUCGCCCUUGCCCGUUCUGAAGACUCGAUCCAUCUUUGAGGAGCGCGUGUCUCUGUGUUUGUAAUGUGUAUGGAGUGGAUGUUGGUGCUGUAGCUAAGCAGUAGCGGCCAGUAUCCAGCUUGUCCCGCUCCACAGUUGUGACUCCAGCAGUUGGUUACAGUGAGGAUGGGUAGUUCUGCAGAUCAGUGGACAGUUGAGCCUGGACUUGUUUACAUCAAGAGGUUUGCUUGCAUAUCGUCAGAGAAGGUAAGUGAACAUGUCUUUCGUUCAAUGAUGACAAAACAUGCAGGGCUGCUUUCGCUCCCUGAUACACCAUAUAUGUUGAUGUUUACUGGGGCUCUGGCAUCACACUUCUGUAAAUGGAUUCACAGUGCAGAAUUUGUCUAUUUUUGUUGCGGACUAGAGAACAUUUUACAUUCCUCUGUGGACCACUGGUCUGCAAUUGUCCAUUUUUCUUGUACUGCAACAGAAGUGCUCUGUAAACAGAUGCUAAACUUUUUGUGGAUGACGGGGAUGGGUUGGUAUUGUGUGGACUUGUUUGAAAGUAAAGUGCAAAAGCCUUAGAAAAGCUUAUCACAAUAUCAUUGAAAUAUUUCCUGCAAACGUUUUUUGGGGGUGGGGGGAACAGAAUUGAGUGUGUUGUAAAUGUAAAGUCUUGGUUUAGAUUCAUUUUUCAGGGUAUUGUUCAUGGAGGUGUUCUAAACAUGUGUAUGACUUCAGCUUUUAUGGACCCUUUAUGUGCCAUAAAGCUGUCUCAACAUCUAUAAUAAAGAUUUUGUAGCCCUUUUAUUUCCUACCUAUCAUUGCACAUAAGUGCACUUAACAUAUCAGACUCAGUGAGCCAUAAUGUGUAUUAAUAUCAUUGCAUUCUGAAGUACAUAUUAAUGGCUAUUGUGUUCUAAAAUUCUUAUUUUCUCUUGUGCAGUUGAAACGCCAAGGGUUGCUGGCCUUAGCUUUAAAAGAUAGUUUGCUCUGUUGUGUAACUUUUGAUAUUCUUAUAGAGGAUACUGAAAAAACAUGAGUUGUGAAGAUGAAGUAGUGGUUCCUUUUCAUCUUAAGUAAUCUAGGAAUCUAAGUUAAUUUUGUAUUGGCAUGUCAAUGAAAAUGAAGAACUUUCUCAAGGUAGUGAGCUUGCACUGUACAGUUACAAUAAUGAACCGAACCUUUGCCUUUCUGUGGAAACAGGAUAAACUUCAGGCUGGCAAAAUUAGGUCAGGCUGGCUGGGGUUGGGGUCUCAUUCCUGGAUAUUUCUGUGGUGGAAACCUAUGUGUUAUACUAAAGCUGAAAUUGUGCAUAUAUAAUAUGCAAAUAGAAAAUGAAUCAUAUAAAAAAUAUAAAGUAAACAAAACAUUUUAAAUGUCAAGUUUACAAUAUCAUUCCCCAGACAACAAAUUAACAUUAAUUUUUCUACUUUUGUAUACAUGUUGAAAAUGGGGACCCAUUUAAUCAAAUACAAAUUUUGUAUUUUUUUUACCCAUUACCUCAGGCAUCACUGUGAAUCUGUUUUAGAUGCUUUCAACUCCUAACUGUGAUGAGUCUCUUAAUAUUCCUCAGCUAAUGCAGUAGAGUUUUUAGUAGCUUUUUUGUUUGGUAAAUUAUUAAUUGUGCAUUUAUCAAUCUACUGGGCAAACUUGAAAUAUGGUCUCUUCUGUCCUACUGUAAUAGAAUCUAGGUUAAAUGGUAGCUUGACCCUGAAACCAACUAGUUUUGUUUCAGUCAACAAACUAUUACCAUCAUGUCAGUAACUCUUUGACAGUUCCUUUUGCUGGUUGGCUGCAUUGUAUGGUUUCAUUGUGACUUUCUUGUGUGAGAACCCAUUCAUCAUAAAAACCCACAACAUAGCAUUCAGUAGUUGCCUUAUGCAUUUUACUAUAUACAUCUUGGUGUAAAAUGUGCCUGAACCUGAAAGACAAGUUUUUGGUGCUUUUGUGUCUGUGUUGAAGGUGGUGCCUGGAGCAUUUGAAGUACUUGACGAGUGUCAUAAUUGUCCAGGGGUGGGUUGGUGUGUGUGUGUGUGUGUGUGUGUGUGUGUGUGUGUGUGUGUGUCUGUUUAUCUGCACUGUGAUCCAUUUUUUUUCAUUCUCCCAGUCUCUGACUGCGGUUAGUUGGCUUGGCUUUACUUAAUCUUCUGGGAGUGUGAUGCCAGAAUUCCCCCCUUUACCUAAUGGCUGUCUGCGGAGCGGCAGACUUUUCUGCAACUCUUCAGGAUCCUACACUCCUAGAUACCCAGCAUUGGAAACGAGGUGAUAUUGUCUACAUAGAGAUAAGCGUCAUGACGUGGCUUUUAAUGGACUAUCCAUUGAGCAUCUUAGCUUCAUUCUCAAUUUCUUUUUAGGACUUGAUGGACUUGAGAACAUUUUUUGUAUUUAUUUAACCAGCACACACUAGACAUUCAAAAUGUGACUUGUCUCCAUAUGUAACUAUGCACACAUUCAACUCACUUCUUGAAUGAUUGAAUGUAGAUGUCAGUCAGGGUGCAGCUGUGGACUUUUUUACAAGUCUUUGUUUUAUUUUUAAAGGGUCCAACUGGAAUAACUGCUUGUCUGUUGUUUACCAUUUAAUUCCACUAUUUAUUGACAGUGUUUCCCCCCCCAGAUUGGGCCCCAUCUUUAUCUGCAUUAGCCUAGUCAGUCAUCAGUCAGUAGGAAAUCAGAGGACCAUGUGUGCAUUUAGUUUUUGCUUUGUUGCUCACUGUCUGUCUCUCUCACUGCAGGAACCUCAAGUGAUUGAGGGAGGCUGAGUGACAUCUUUUGAAAUAUGCCCAUCGAAUAAAUUUGCAGUCGAUGCAUGGAUACCCCUUUUAGGCCUUAAAGACAUAAUAUGGAACAAGACAGCAACAGACUGCAGGUCCAGUGUCAAAGCUCAUCAGGCAGUUGGAGUAUACAGAUGCAUGUGUGUGACCACAAAACCUGAGCACUUGAACAGAAUGGCUCUUUUGUGGAUAUUUUACUUUUUUACAAUCAUCUGGGUGUGGGGGUUUUAUUGUUUGUUUGUUUUUUGUUUUUGUUUGUUUGCAUACUAUUGUGUGGUUUUUGCUUAAUUACGUGAACAUCUCAAUCUCAAAGUUGAAGCUUUCAUUUAGUUCCCUAAAGGCAGACAAAGAAAAACAUGUACUUACGAAAUUGUGUUCCCAUCUCGAAACCAACAUUUUAAGUCUAUCAAGUUGUAAUGUAACACAGACAGGCCUAUCUGGCUCUUGAGAGCAUCUGGAAUCAGGUCUAUAGCCAAGUAAAUUCAGCAGUAUGUUUUCUGCAUCACUGUUGUUGCUCACUGACUUGUUCAUCAGUUUUGUCACUGAUACAGCAUAGAGGCCAGGAACCUGUACACUGAUAGCACUGAUGAUUUUGAAUCUGAUAGGUGUUUGACCUGCAUUGUUCAAUGGCUAGCUGUAGAGCUUCUAUAAUACUCACUUUUUUCUUUAUUCACUGGUAUAUGAAAUAAAUAAAACUGAAAUGUUUCAUA